GGUCAUGAGCUUUGGUGAAACGGGUGUUGCUAUGGUGACGUCAGUCAGAAUGGCUCCUCAUCUUCCUCUGAUCUUUCUGUUCAUGAUUCACGGGGUUUCUGGUGCUGGUUGGGGUGUGCGUUACAGUCAUCCACACAUCUGUGCACUAAAGAACUCAUCAGUGAUAAUGAGCUGCAUUUAUACAUACCCUACUGGACAUCAGAUCACGAAAGUGUUUUGGAGUAAAUUGUUAAUACAUGGUGAAGAGCCUCGAGAUCUGUCUGAGGACCCUGAAUACAGUCAGAGGCUUCAGUAUUUGGGAGAUAAACAGCAGAGCUGCACCAUCAGACUGAGUCAUGUGACACAGAAAGAUGAACACGAGUACUAUUUCAGAUUCACUACUGAUAACCCUAGUGUGAAAUGGCUUGGUCGUCCAGGAGUGACUCUUACUGUGACAGAUCUUCAGGUGGAGUCUCCUGAGAGAGUGACAGAGGGAGAUUCAGUCCGUCUGACAUGUAAAAGCAGCUGCGCUCUGACUGACGGAGCAACAUUCAUCUGGUACAGAAACUCACAGCCAUUAACUGAGAGAAGAGACAGAAACAAUCAACUACUGCUGCAGUCAGUCAGAAGAGAGGAUGCAGGCAGAUAUAGCUGUGCUCUACAUGGACACACUUACAUCUCUCCUGCUGUUUAUCUCAGUGUCACGUAUGCACCAAAGAGCGUCUCAGUGUCCAUCAGUCCAUCUGGUGAAAUAGUGGAGGGAGAUUCAGUGACUCUGAGCUGCAGCAGUGAUUCAAACCCACCUGCAGAAAUCAGCUGGUUUAAAGGAGGAACGUUUGUAGGAUCUGGAAGAAUCUACAGCAUCUCAAAGAUCAGCUCUGAUCACAGUGGAGAAUACAAGUGCAAGUCCAGAAAUGAACACGGAGAGAAAUACUCUGAUGCUGUGACUCUAAACGUCAUGUACCCACCCAGGAACGCCUCAGUGUCUAUAACUGGAUCUGGUGAAAUAGUGGAGGGAGAUUCAGUGACUCUGAUCUGCAGCAGUGAUUCAAACCCACCUGCUCUGAACUUCAUCUGGUUUAAGGAGAAUCAAAGCUCAGGUGUUGGAUCUGGACAGAGUUUCAGUGCACUACAGAGUGGACGCUUCUACUGUGAGGCUCACAAUCAACAUGGAUCUCAGAGAUCAGAUGCUGUUACUGUCACUGUUAAAGGACGUCUGGUGAUAUUAUACAUAUCCAUUGGAAUGGUUUGUGUAGCAGCAGCUAUCAUCGCAAUGGCGCUGAUUUGGAGGAGCAGGAUGAAAAAGAGAAAUGACACUCAGGAGUCUCAGAUGAAUCAUUCCAGAAGUCAUCAUGACAAACAUGAAGCUUGUGAUGCUAAGAUGAAUGAACCUGUUUAUGAGAAUGUAGGGCUUGAUAAGAAGAGACCAUAGUGUUUGGGAAACCUGGUGAAACAUUUUAUAGCAUUUUUGUAUCUCUUAUGUGUGGAGCGAAAGUAUGUGGAGGAGUCCUGAAAAGCUCUGAAAGUUUAUAUACAAGUAUAUAAUCAAAUGUGUUAUUGUAAGUCUGUCUUUUUUUUUUCUUUUCUUUUUUUUUUUUUGACAGUUUGUAUUUUAUAUUUUGUUUGCUUCAUUUAAAUGUUUUCAGAUGCUUUUUUUUAACCUUAUUACAUUGUUUGUGUUUUCAAGGCAGAAAAUAAAGAUCUGAUCUGAAAGAUCUGACCACAAUAGUUUGCGAUCUUCUGUCAUUCAAUUCCUCAGUAUAACAGCAU